CCCAAUUGCCAGGUAGAUGUUCCACUUGUCCUCAAAUCACUCAUUAUAUUAGCUUUUGUCUUGACUUGCAGUUUAAGAUUUGUAGAAACUCUUGAAAAAAUACUGAUGCAAGGAGAAAGAAAUCAUCUUCUCCGAUACUUUUUCGAAAGGUUGGCAAGCUAGAAUAGCUAACCCCACGUCACAAAAAGUACUCUAGAAAAGGAAAGUUUAUUCCUUUUUAGCCACCCAGUUUGCGACUCGAGGAGACUGUUGAUUGACUCACUCACUAGGCUCUCACCUAACAGACGGAGAAGGUGAUCGGAUUAUACAAGGGAUGGAGGGUGUUGAUGGGCUCGAGGCAGAGAGAGUGUUUCAUUUGGAGGAGACUAUAUUUGUUGCAGUUGGCAAGAAUGUAGAUAAGAGUAAAAGAUUGCUUUUUUGGGUAUUACAGAGUUUUGCAGGCAAGAAGAUAUGUCUCCUCUAUGUUCACCGGCCUGCAAAUGUUGUGUCUUUCACACACAGAAAACUUGCUGUCAAUAAACUAAAGGAAGAUGCUGUCAAGGCAUUCCAAGAACUUGAAACGAAAAAGAUGCAUGAUGUCUUGGAUCAAUACCGUCUCAUUCUUGCUCAAGAGGGGGUAGAAGCAGACAAAGUAUGGAUCAAGAUGGACGAUAUAGCUAAGGGAAUUGUUGAGGUUAUUGCUCAAUACAACAUUAGGUGGCUUGUCAUGGGAGCAGCAGCUGAUAAAUACUAUUCAAAGAAACUGGGAGAAAUAAAGUCCAAGAAAGCAAUAAUUGUGUGCCAGCAAGCACCAACUUCCUGCCAUAUCUGGUUUGUUUGCAGAGGCUCUCUUAUCUACACAAGGGAAGGUAGAGAUUAUGGAUCCGAAACAGAGAUUUCUCUUCCAUUGCUACUGCUGAGUUCAGAUUCAGAUACUGAGCAAUUGAGACUCUUGAGAUCAGAGUCUCUUACACAACUAGAUAGAUCUCUCGAUGCAGAGGAAGUUGCUGGUGACUUGGAAGGAAUAUUGGGAAGAUUUGAUUAUUAUCCUGUUCAUUCUUGUCAAUCAACCAACAUAAUACUCAGCACUUCCAAAUUGAUUCCAUUGUUGGCAGAUGAGGAAGAAAAAACUCAGACGCAAACAACUGAAGAAACAUGUUCUAGAUUGGAACAAGCAAUUAUGGAUACUAAGGACUCAAAGCAAAAGGCUCUUGUGGAGGCAGUAAAGCGAUGGAAAGAGGAAGACAAUGUUAUGGAGGCCAAAUGCAAGGCCAUAGCAUUAGAAAACUUAUGCAUUAAGGAGAUUAGCCUAAGAAAAGAAAUGGAGGAAGCCUUGAAUAGAAGAAAGCAAGAAGUGGAAAAGAAAAAGAAUCAGCGUGAUGAAUUUUUAAAAGAACUCCAGAUGGUCCAGGAGCACAAGUUUGCACUUGAGAGCCAAAUUGCAGAGUCCCAGAAUACAGUGGAGGAGUUGGAGCAGAAGAUCAUCUCAGCUGUGCAACUCCUGAUAAGUUUUAAGGAAAGGCGGGAUGCAGCAAUGGUGGAGUAUGAAAAUGCAAGACAGGAAGUUAGAAGGCUAAAAAGAUCAGCUAUAGCAGCAGCUGCAGGCAGCAAGUCAGAAAUCCUUGAAUUCUCUUUUAUGGAAAUCAAUGAAGCAACUCACUAUUUUGAUCCAUCCUGGAAGAUCAGUGAAGGAAAAUAUGGAAGUGUCUACAAAGGGCUCCUUCGCCAUCUCCUUGUUGCCAUCAAGAUGUUUCCAUCUUACAGCUCUCAAAGCCUCUUGGACUUUCAAAAUGGGGUAGAGAUUUUUAGUAGAGUGAGGCACCCAAACCUUGUAAUGCUAGUUGGAACCUGUCCAGAGUCUAGGUCGCUUGUCUACGAGUAUGUCCGAAAUGGAAGCCUUGAAGAUAACCUUUUCUGCAAAGACAAGAUGCCUCCGCUUCCAUGGCAAACUCGGAUACGCAUUGCUGUCCAGAUAUGCUCUUCCCUUGUCUUCCUACACUCUAACAAGCCUUGUAUCAUACAUGGGAAUUUAAAACCAUCCAAGGUCCUCCUUGAUGCUAACUUUGUCAGUAAACUUACUGACUUUGGCGUGUUUUAUUUGAUCCCACAAAGUGAAAGCGGUUCAAACUUAACUGGAAUUUGUAAUAAAUCCAACCCCAAUUUCACCUCUUUAUAUAUUGAUCCAGAAUAUCUUGAGACCGGGAUGCUUACUCCAGAGUCAGAUGUGUACUCUUUUGGAAUUAUACUGUUACAGCUUUUGACUGGGAGAGCUGGUUUGGACAUAUUGAAAGAAGUAAAAUGUGCAAUAGAAAAAGAUAAUUUCAAAGCACUGCUGGACUGUUCUGGUGGGAAUUGGCCAUUUGAGGAAGCCGAACAGUUAGCUAACUUGGCCUUGAGGUGCUGUGAAAAGAACCGACUUGACAGGCCAGAUCUUGUGUUAAUCUUGAGAGUGCUUGAGCCAAUGAAGACUUCAGGAAUUGAUUCAGGACCCAAGGAGCCAAGUCGGAUUCCAUCUCAUUUUGUCUGUCCUAUUCUUCAGGAAGUCAUGGAUGAUCCACAGAUUGCCGCAGAUGGUUUUACAUAUGAAGCAGAGGCUAUUAGAGGAUGGCUGAAGAGCGGGCACAACACUUCACCAAUGACAAAUCUUAAACUUGAGCACUGUAAUCUACUCCCUAACCAUGCUCUUCAUCAAGCGAUUCUUGAGUGGCGUCAGCAUUUGUGAAUUGAUUGGACUCAACAUUACAGGAAAGACAGAGCAAUUAAACACUACACUAUGCUUGUUGAUAGCUAUUGAAAGAUUUUGAUUGAAAGGCUCAACUUUUAUGGACAUGCCUGAUGUAUAGAACAAGAACACAUAUUGUGAUAUAUAUAGAAGUGAACUGAUUGAAAUGCUGAA